ACACAGACCUUCAGUCUCCGGUCGAGGAUUCGCAGGAGGAACAAGCAUCAGCUGUCCUCCCAAGCACCAGCUCUGAAGCUGGGCUGGACAGUUCUGCUCCUUCCCCUGACACGGGAGGGAAGGGAGUCCAAUCUGCCCCAGAACAAAGCCUUGAUCCUGGGCUGGAGGGCCAGGCUGGUCCAAAGGAAGAGGGAAAAACGUUCCUAAAAGCCAAACUUCCUCAGCUGCACCUCUGCAGAGCACAUGCAGUGGGAAGAGGUUACAGGAGAAUAGGAGGGCAGAACCUGAGAUCUGUUCAUCACAUGACGUCUCCAGCUCCCUCCCCAACCUCGGUUUCUGGCAGAAGGACGAUGCUGCUGUCCAAUGAAGCAAGGAGGGAGAUAUUAAAGCAAGUGAAAGCUAUGAAGGAGGAGAGGAGAGCAGCGCUGGACUCCAGACACAAAUACCUGAUCAACCGGCUGGCAGACAGUGUGACCCUGAAGGAGAUGGAGGUGGAAGACGCCCUCAUAUCGGAUGAAAAAUUCAGUCUGACUGAUGAUUUCUUUGCUGCAAAUGGAUCAAAGAAGCUAAUUUUCUUCUAUCAAGAGAAUUCAUCUUCUAGUCAGUCCUUUGCAGAUGAAGCAACCUCAGCUAAAGCUCAAAAGAAGCUCUUUCUCACUACAGGAACCUCUGAGCCUUUACUGGGGAAAUGUCUGUUCUUCCUGAGAACCACAGAUAAGGCCAUAACCACUGCUAACAUACAGCAGGAGGUGAACUUUGGCAUGUUGGAGUGCAGUGAUGGAAACAUCCUUAACAGCCUGGAAACUCUUCUUGCUCACAUCAUGUUACCAUCCCUCAGAUCACAACAGGUGUGGAGCUCUGUGCAGAACAACGCAGACGUCCAGUCCUUUUUGUCCUCAGUGGACCAGUUUGUUGUUAAUCUGAGUUCAGCCAGAGUCAACCUGGAGAAAAGGUUCCAGCUGCAUCAGCUUGAGCUUCCUGGUACCAUUAGCCAACUGAGCAGCCCAGCAGACUACAUCGCUGCAGCCAAAAACAGCGAUCUGGUGGAGCAGCUGGAGGGUGUGGUCUCAGUGUGGACCAAUCAGAUCAGGCAUGUGAUGACAGAGAACGAGCAGAUGAGGAAGGAGGCCCAUGACAUUGGACCCUCAGCCGAGCUGGAGUACUGGAAGAGACGCACGGUCGUUUUCAGCAGUAUGUUGGAGGAAAUAAAGCACCCGCUGGUUAAAAGGACGUUGGGAGUUCUGCAGGUGGCCAAAUCUCGGACAAUAAGAACCUGGAGACAGCUGGAUGGGGACAUCACUGUUGUGGCUAAUGAGGCGAAGGACAACGUCAAGUAUCUUUACACUCUGGACAAGUUUUUUGGGCCACUGGACGAAAGCACUCCGACCAGUGCUCUGGAGCACCUUCCCAGUCUAAUGACCAGUAUCAGAAUGAUCCACAUUGUCUCUCAGUACUAUAACACUUCUGAGAGGAUGACAUCUCUACUGCUGAAGGUAACCAACCAGAUGAUCAACACCUGCAGGAGCUACUUGUUUCAGGGUGUGAGCCGCAUCUGGGACCACAGCAGGCCGGUGUUAUUACAGCGAAUCUCUGAGUGUCGCAAUCUGAACAUGGAGUAUCAGAAAAGCUUCCAGAGUGUCCGAGAAAAACUAAAAGAAAACCCUGAAAACAGACAGUUUGACUUCAGUGAGAACUACAUCUUUGGGAAGUUUGAUGCUUUCUGCAGGCGUCUGGAGAAGAUUGCUGACAUGGCAUCCACAAUGGAGAGCCUGGCUGCUCUGCAGAGCAUAAAGGUGGAAGGGAUUGAGAAGAUCUGCACUCGCUACCACACCAUCGUCUCCAUGACUAAAUCCAAGACCUACGACAUUCUAGACCACCGCAAGCUGGAGUUUGACAGUGACUAUGCAGACUUCCAGCUCCAGGUUCAGGAUUUGUUCCAGUCUCUUCGGUCUCUGUUGGACUUCUGGUUCCAUCGGUCUCUCACUACGGAGCGGAUGCUGGAGCUGCUGGUUCUGUUUGAGUCUGGUCUGGGAUCUUGUCUGGACCUGAAGCCGCAUUACCUGCAACUGCUGCAGCGCUACAGCAGAGAGCUGGAGCUGCUGAGGAAGACCUACCAGAAAGAGAGAGAGAACCCCCCCACCGGACGCAACCUCCCGCCGAUGACAGGCAGGAUCCUCUGGUGUCAUCAACUUUUCAGGAGAAUUGAAGCUCCCAUGUUGAUCCUGAAGAAGAAGCUUGACAUCCUCAAGGGACCUGAGAUGAGUAAAGUCAUCCAGAGUUAUAACAAGUUGGCCAUGGAGUUGCUGCAGUACGAAGUUCUGCACGUGCAGGGGUGGAGUCAGGCUGCAGAGGGCGCACCUCACCGGCUUAAUGCCACCCUGCUGGUCAGACAUGAAAACAAGGAGGUUUUGGUGAACCUGGACCCUGUGGUGCUGGAGGUGCUGCAGGAGGCGCUCUGGAUGACCAAACUGAACGUCACCGUGCCAAAAGUCAUCCUCAAGAUGACGUCCAGACAGACUCAGAUUAAAGCUUUGUACAACCGGCUGAUAGAGCUGCUCCAGGUCUACAGCUCCACCAUCAGCAGGAUCCCACCUCUCAUCCUCCCCGUCAUACAGCCCUUUAUUGGCCGUGUGGAGGUGGCUCUUUUACCUGGACUCACCAUGCUGUCCUGGACUUCUCUGAAUGCUGAUGCAUUCGUAGAUGAUGUGUAUGAGGCUCUGAAAGAACUGGAGCAUGUGGGUAAAGUGGCCUCAGAUCUGUUGGAGUGCCGCAUCGAUCGGCUGUUUGAGUCCAUGUCAUCCUGCUGUCUAGUGGUUCUGCCCGAGGAGUCCUCUGUCCCUCCUCAGGACCUCCUGCUGCAGACGGAUCUUUCUGUCCAAGCUGCUGCCGUCACCCUGAGCUGUCAGAGUCAGCAGGUGGAGAAAUAUGUGUUUGAACUAAUUGAUGAGAUGAAGAGGAGGAUGAAGGCAGCAGAGAAGGUCAAUCUGGAGGGAUUUUUCCAGUGUCUCCAUCCAGACUCCAAGCAGAAGACUCGCUGCCUGUCCUGCCUUCCCUGCCGGUUCUACAAUCUGAUUGGUCAGCUUUGGCAUCGCAACACUGAAGCUCUGGUCACAGCCACUAAAUCCUCCCUGGACACUCUGAGGAGGAGACUUCAUGCAUCCAAACACCAGCUGUCCUCCUCUUCCUCCUCCUUUGCAUCCUACAGCAGUCAUUCACCUCUUCCUCUUCUCAGCACCUCAAUCCAGCUCGCCAUCCCCAACAUUGUCCUCAAACCCAGUCUAGAAGAAAUUCAGACUGCAGUAAAUAAGCUGGUGACCGUCGUGUUGUCUGCAACCAAAGAUGUCCCUCUGUGGACAUACUGUCAAAUGCAGUCCAGACAGCAGCAGCUGGAGCAGGCGGCGGUUCGAGAUGCAGGAGACGAGCUCCUGGUGAAACCAGCAGUGCUGAGACCUCUAUGCCGACAGCUGGCCGAACACAAAGACGUCGUCAAGCUGGUGAUGCAGCUCAGCUCCAUCGUGUCGUCUUUAAAGGCUCCGGCUGCUGAUGCUCUGAAUGAAUGUGGCCUCUUCUCUGCUCUGUGGAACCAGGACCCAGAGGAGCAGGUGAAAGUCUUCCUGCAGUCCGAACCCUCUCUGACAGAGUUCAGCUCUCAGAUCUGCUUCUACUCUAAGCUGGAGGAGCAGAUUUCAGAGCUGCCAGCGUUUUACCAGGUGGGUUCGAUACGGUCUGACACCGAGCAGCUGAAGCUAGCUCUCACUCAGGAGUGUCGUCUCUGGAAACGAACCUUUGGGGCUGCGCUCAACAAACGUGCUUCCACCAACAUGAAUGACAUCCUGUCAUUCAUGGACGGGCUGACAAAGCGGCUGCAGCGUCCAAUCACAGACCUGGAGGAUGUUCAAGAAGUAAUGGCGGCUCUCAGAGAGGUUCGGGAGGCGGAGGUCCACAUCGACACCACCAUCGGGCCGGUGGAGGAAUCCUUCACUCUGCUGCAGAAGCAUUGCCUGGCCUUCAGCGACGGGAAUGCUGAGCGCGUGGACGGCCUGACGUACGCCUGGAAGAACCUCAACACUCUGGUGGUGCAGAACCAGAACACUCUGGUGAAGAUUGAGCCCAGCAUGAAGGCUGACCUGCUGGCCUCGGUGCAGAGCUUCCAGAGCUGCGCUCAGAGUUUCUGCACCGACUACGACCACAGAGGCCCUGGCGUGGAGGGAGUGGCUCCAGCUGAGGCCAGUGAGCGGUUGGAGAGUUUUCAAGCCAGGUUUGAUCAGCUGUGGAGGAAAUACAUCACCUACUCUGGAGGAGAGCAGCUCUUCGGACUCCCUGUUAAUGAGUAUCCAGAGCUGCAGAGGAUCAAGAGAGAACUCUCCCUGCUGUCCAAACUCUACAGUUUGUAUAAUGCGGUCAUCGACAGCGUCACCGGUUACUAUGACAUUCUGUGGACUGACCUCAACAUCGAGAAGAUCAACAUUGAGCUGCAGGAGUUCCAGAGCAGGAUCAGGAAGCUCCCAAAGGCGCUGAAGGAGUGGCAGGCCUUCAGAGAUCUGAAGAAAACAAUUGACGACUUCACUGAGACGUGUCCUUUACUGAACAUGAUGGCCAACAAGGCGAUGCUGCGCAGACACUGGACUCGUCUCAGUGAUCUGACUGGUCACAGUUUCCAGGUGGAAUCAGAGAGUUUCUCUCUCAGAAACAUCAUGGAGGCACCGCUGCUGAAAUACAAAGAGGACAUUGAGGAUGUUUGCAUCAGUGCUGUGAAGGAGCGCGACAUCGAGGCCAAACUUAAGGACGUGGUGGCCGAGUGGAGCGGACAGACGCUCAGUUUCGCCACCUUCAGGACCCGAGGAGAACUGCUGCUGAGAGGGACUGAGACAGCCGAGAAAAUCUCCAUGAUGGAGGACAGUCUGAUGGUGCUGACAUCCCUGCUGAGCAACAGGUACAACGCUCCAUUCAAACCCUCCAUCCAGCUGUGGGUCCAGAAACUCUCCAACACCUCAGAGAUCAUCGAGAAGUGGUGGUCGGUUCAAAACCUCUGGAUCUACCUGGAGGCUGUGUUUGUGGGCGGAGACAUUGCCAAACAGCUUCCUCAGGAGGCCAAACGUUUCCUAAACAUUGACAAAUCAUGGCAGAGGAUCAUGCAGCGAGCACAUGAGAUUCCCAACGUGGUGCAGUGCUGCGUGGGAGACGAGACGCUCAAUCAGUUGCUCCCUCACCUGCUGGAGCAGCUAGAACUCUGUCAGAAGUCUCUAUCUGGUUACCUGGAGAAGAAACGCUUGGUGUUCCCUCGCUUUUUCUUUGUGUCUGACCCCGCCCUGCUGGAGAUUCUGGGCCAAGCCUCCGACUCUCACACCAUACAGACUCAUCUGCUCAGUCUGUUCGACAACAUUAACCGAGUGGUUUUCAGUGAGAAAAUCUACGACCAGAUGCUCAGUUUUCAGUCCCAAGAAGGAGAAACUGUGGAGCUGAGUCAGCCUGUUCUGGCACAGGGGAACGUGGAGGAGUGGUUGGGACAGCUGCUCUCAGGGAUGAGGCAGACCCUCCACAGCAUCAUCCGUCAGGCUUACCUGGCCAUCAGUGACUCCGGGUGGAAGCUGCUGGAAUUCCAGUCGGCAUUUCCAGCUCAGGUUGGCCUUCUGGGAAUCCAGAUGAUCUGGACCAGGGACGCAGAAGAAGCCUUCGUCCUCAGCAAAUCUGACAAGAAGAUCAUGCAGUCAACCAAUCAGAAGUUUCUGGACCUCCUCAAUGAGCUCAUUGACAUGACGACCAGGGAGCUGAGCAGGAAUGAGAGGACCAAGUAUGAAACGCUCAUCACCAUUCAUGUCCACCAGAGAGACAUCUUUGACGACUUGGUACAUCUGAACGUACAAACUGCUUCUGACUUUGAGUGGCAGAAACAGUCGAGGUUUUACUUCCUGGAGGAGACGGACAGGUGCGUCAUCCAGAUCACAGACGUGGAGUUCAGCUACUGCAAUGAGUACUUGGGCUGCACUGACAGACUGGUCAUCACGCCACUGACAGACAGGUGUUACAUCACUCUGUCUCAGGCUCUGGGGAUGAGUAUGGGUGGAGCUCCAGCUGGUCCAGCAGGAACAGGUAAAACAGAGACCACUAAAGACAUGGGUCGGUGUCUGGGGAAAUAUGUGGUGGUUUUCAACUGUUCAGACCAGAUGGACUACAGAGGACUGGGACGGAUUUAUAAAGGUCUGGCCCAGUCCGGAGCCUGGGGUUGCUUUGAUGAGUUCAACCGAAUCGAGCUGCCGGUGCUUUCCGUUGCUGCCCAGCAGAUCUACAUCGUCCUGCAGUGCAAGAAGAACAAGAAGAAACAGUUUGUCUUCACCGAUGGUGAUGUGGUCGACAUGGACCCCGAGUUUGGCAUUUUCCUCACCAUGAAUCCUGGUUAUGCUGGACGUCAAGAGCUGCCGGAGAACCUGAAGAUCCAGUUCCGCACGGUAGCCAUGAUGGUCCCCGACCGAGCCAUCAUUAUGAGGGUUAAACUGGCAAGUGCAGGUUUCCGUGACAACCAGAUCCUCAGCAGAAAGUUCUACACCCUCUAUAAACUGUGUGAGGAGCAGCUCUCCAAACAGGUCCAUUAUGACUUUGGUCUGAGGAACAUUUUGUCAGUUCUGAGGACGCUGGGAGCUGUGAAGAGAUCAAACCCAUCAGAACCAGAGAAAACUGUGGUGAUGAGAGUCCUGAGGGACAUGAACCUCUCCAAACUGGUGGAUGAGGAUGAGCCACUGUUCAUGAGUUUGAUCAGUGAUCUGUUUCCUGGCAUUGUUCUGGAUAAAGCUGGUUAUCCAGACUUGGAGUCGUCCAUCCUCAAUCAGGCUCAGCAGGCCGGUCUUAUCCCUCAUCCUCCUUGGAUCCUCAAACUGGUUCAACUUUAUGAGACUCAGAGAGUCCGACAUGGUAUGAUGGCGCUGGGUCCCAGUGGUGCAGGGAAGACGACCUGCAUCCACACACUGAUGAAGGCCAUGUCGGAAUGUGGCUCCCCCCACCGGGAGAUGAGGAUGAAUCCCAAAGCCAUUACGGCCUCGCAGAUGUUCGGAACGCUGGAUGUCACCACAAACGACUGGACGGAUGGCAUCUUCUCCACCCUGUGGAGGAAAACUCUGAAAGCCAAGAAGGGGGAGUACAUCUGGAUUGUACUGGAUGGUCCAGUGGAUGCCAUCUGGAUUGAGAACUUAAACUCCGUGUUGGAUGAUAACAAAACUCUGACCCUGGCGAAUGGGGAUCGAAUCCCCAUGGCUCCUUCUUGCAAGAUUGUCUUUGAACCUCACAACAUCGACAACGCCUCCCCAGCCACCGUGUCCAGGAAUGGGAUGGUAUUCAUGAGCUCCUCUGUGCUCGGCUGGAGCCCCAUCCUGCAGGCCUGGUUACAGAAGCUACCAGAACAGCAGGCUACUGCUCUGAGGCGCUGCUUCGACUGCUGCUACCAGGACUUGCUGGACUUUGUCUCCACUGCUGUGUCUCCGAAGAUGCAGGUGCUGGAAUGUAUGUACAUCAGACAGACCAUUGACCUGCUGCAGGGUUUGCUUCCUGCAGCAGAGGAGAAACAGGGUUACCUUGGAGACGUGGGUCGGCUGUUUGUUUUUGCAGUCAUGUGGUCUCUUGGUGCACUGCUGGAGCUGGACGACAGAGCUAGGAUGGAGGCUUUCCUGAAUACACACAGUUCAUCUCUGGACCUGCCAAAAACUCAGGAAGACCAGAACAUCUUUGAGUUCACCAUCAGCGAACAGGGACAAUGGGAGCAUUGGUCCAACAAGGUCCCAGAGUAUGUCUACCCCAAAGACCACGUCCCUGAAUACUCGUCCAUUCUUGUUCCCAAUGUUGACAAUGUAAGGACGGACUUCCUGAUGAAGACCAUCAUGAAGCAGAGAAAGGCUGUUCUGCUUAUUGGAGAGCAGGGUACUGCCAAAACUGUCAUGAUAAAAGGCUACACUGGUAAGCUUGACCCAGAGCUCCACCUCGGUAAGACAGUGAACUUCUCGUCAGCAACUCAACCUGGAAUGUUCCAGAGAACCAUUGAAAGCUACAUCGACAAACGAAUGGGCGCCACCUAUGGGCCUCCAGCAGGACGAAGGAUGACGGUGUUCGUAGAUGACAUCAACAUGCCCGUGAUAAAUGAGUGGGGAGAUCAGAUAACCAAUGAGAUUGUGCGUCAGCUGAUGGAGCAGGGAGGUUUCUACAGUUUGGACCGUCCAGGGGAAUUCAUCACUGUGGUGGACGUUCAGUUGGUGGCGGCCAUGAUUCACCCUGGUGGCGGUCGGAAUGACAUCCCUCAGCGUCUCAAGAGGCAGUUCUGCAUCUUUAACUGCACACUGCCCUCCAACUCCUCCAUCGAUAAGAUCUUCAGCACCGUGGCUCAGGGAUACUUCUGUCCAGAAAGAGGCUUCCCUGACGGGGUCUGUAGGCUUGCCACUGCCCUCGUACCCACCACCAGACGGGUGUGGCAGGCCGUCAAGGCAAAGAUGUUACCAUCUCCUGCAAAGUUUCACUACAUCUUCAACCUGAGGGACCUGAGCAGAAUCUGGCAGGGCAUCCUGACGGUAACGUCUGAGGUGUGUCAGAGCUCCGAGGUCCUCUCGGCUCUCUUCCAUCAUGAAUGUUGCAGAGUGAUCGGCGACCGAUUCAUCAACAGCAGCGACAGACGAGCGUUCAGCUGCAUCAUGGAGAAGAUCACAGUGGAGGAUCAUGGGAAGGUUCUGACUGAGCAUGCUCAAUGGGACAGUUGCUUUGUGGACUUCCUGCGUGAACCUCCAGAGGUGACGGGUGAUGAACCAGAAGAUUCUGAGCUGGAGGCGCCAAAGGUGUACGAGCCAAUCCCAGCGCUGGACGUCCUGGCAGAGCGGCUGUCUGUUUUCCAGCAGCAGUACAACGAGGCGGUGAGAGGCGGAGCUAUGGACCUGGUCUUCUUCAAGGAUGCGAUGACCCACUUGAUGCGGAUCUCGCGUAUCCUGAGGACACCGCAGGGGAACGCCCUGCUGGUCGGGGUCGGGGGCUCUGGGAAGCAAAGUCUGACAAGGCUUGCGUCUUUCAUCGCAGGAUACCAAACCUUCCAGAUCACACUGACCAGGUCAUACAGCUGCAGUAACCUCAUGGAAGAUCUAAAGACUCUGUAUCGGAUCGCCGGGCAGCAGGGAAAGGGGGUCACAUUCCUCUUCACCGAUAACGACAUCAAAGAGGAAUCCUUCCUUGAAUACAUGAACAACGUGCUGGCGAGCGGCGAAGUGUCCAACCUGUUUGCUCGUGACGAGCUGGAUGACAUCACUCAGGAACUGAUCCCCAUCAUGAAGCGGAAGCACCCUCGUCGACCUCCAACGUCUGAGAACCUUUACAACUUCUUCCUGUCUCGUGUGCGGAGCAAUCUACAUAUCGUCCUCUGCUUCUCGCCAGUCGGAGAAAAGUUCCGAACUCGUGCCUUAAAGUUUCCAGGUCUGAUAUCUGGCUGCACCGUGGACUGGUUCCAGCCCUGGCCUCGGGAUGCACUGACUGCUGUAUCGCAUCACUUCCUGGCUCAGUACCGGGAUCUGUGCUGUUCAGAGGAUGUAAAACACAGUGUGGUGGCUACCAUGGGAACCUUCCAGGACCUGGUGGCUGAGAAAUGUGCCGAGUAUUUUGAGCGUUUUCGCCGUCAAACCUUCGUGACGCCCAAGUCCUACCUGUCCUUUAUAGACAGCUUUAAGAUCAUCUACUCAGAGAAGAUUGCGCACGUUGGCACGCUGGCUGAACGGAUGAAGACAGGUCUGUGUAAACUUAUGGAGGCGGAGCAGUCGGUAUCUCGGCUCUCUGAAGAGCUGGUUGUGAAGGAGAAGGAGCUCGCUGUUGCCUCCCAGAGGGCAGAUGAAGUCCUGCAGGAGGUUACUGCUAAAGCUCAGGCAGCUGAACAGGUGAAACAGCAGGUUCAGACGGUGAAGGAUAAAGCUCAGCUGAUCGUUGAUGAGAUUGCUGCUGAUAAAACAGCAGCAGAGUCCAAACUGGAGGCAGCAAAACCGGCUCUGGAGGCUGCAGAGGCUGCACUGCAGACCAUUAAACCAGCUGACAUCGCCACAGUGAGGAAGCUCCAGAAACCUCCUCAUCUCAUCAUGAGGAUCAUGGACGCAGUGCUGCUGCUGUUCCAGAGGAAGAUUGAACCAGUGAAUCCAGACCCUGAGUGGCCCUGUCCACGCCCAUCUUGGAACGAAGCCAUGAAGCUGAUGCAGAACUCAACUUUUCUCAGCAUGCUGCUCAAUUUCAGCAAGGACUCCAUCACAGAGGAGGUGGUGGAGCUGCUGGCUCCGUAUCUGGACAUGGAUGACUACAACAUGGAGUCCGCCAAGAGGACCUGUGGAAACGUGGCCGGACUCUGCUCCUGGACUCAGGCCAUGGUUGAUUUCUUUGCCAUCAACAAGGAGGUGCUGCCUCUGAAGGCAAAUCUGGCCCUGCAGGAGGCUCGUCUGGCGGUUGCUCAGGCUGAACUUGCUAAAGCUCAGGAGCAGCUGGAUGCUAAGCAGCAGGAACUGGACGCCGUGCAGGCUCUUUAUGAUGCUGCCAUGAAGGAGAAGCAGGCCCUGCAGGACGACGCUCAGGCCUGCCGCCGUAAGAUGGCCAACGCCACAGCUCUGAUCAAUGGGCUGGGAGAAGAGAAGGUCCGUUGGACCAACAGCAGUGCCGGGUUCCAGACUCAAAUCCAGCAUCUGGUUGGGGACGUCCUUCUGUCCACUGGCUUCCUGUCCUAUGCCGGGCCUUUCAACCAGGAGUACCGCACCCUGCUGCUGCAGCUGUGGAAGGGGGAGCUGGAGGAGAAACACAUCCCCUUCAGUCCUAACCUGAAUGUGAUUGGUCUGCUGGUGGACAACGCCACGGUGAGCGAGUGGAACCUGCAGGGUUUGCCCAGCGAUGACCUGUCCAUCCAGAACGGCAUCGUGGUGACGAAGGCGUCCCGCUACCCACUACUCAUUGACCCCCAGGGCCAGGGGAAGACCUGGAUCCAGAACAGAGAGCAGGACCAGCAGCUGCAGGUGACGUCUUUGAACCAUAAAUAUUUCCGAUCCCACCUGGAGGACAGUCUGUCUCUGGGGCGCCCCCUGCUGCUGGAGGAUGUAGGCGAGGAACUGGACCCUGUCCUAGACAACAUACUAGAUAAAAACUACAUCAAGUCAGGCUCCACACACAAGGUGAAGGUUGGAGAUAAAGAGGUGGAUGUGAUGAAGGGCUUUACGCUCUAUAUCACCACCAAGCUUGCCAACCCAGCGUACAGCCCUGAGGUCAACGCCAGGACGGCCGUGGUGGACUUCACCGUCACCCAGCGAGGCCUGGAGGACCAGCUGCUGGGACGAGUCAUUUUGCUGGAGAAACAGGAGCUUGAAGCGGAGCGAGUGAUGCUCCUGGAGGAAGUGACAUCCAACAAGAGGAAGAUGCAGGAGCUGGAGGACAGUCUGCUGUUCAGGCUGACCAGCACAGAAGGAUCACUGGUGGAGGACGAGUCUCUCAUUGAGGUCUUGAGAGUCACCAAGACCACGGCACAGGAGGUGAGUGAGAAGCUGUCUGUUGCUGCGGAGACGGAGGUAAAGAUCAACCAGACCAGAGAGGAGUACCGAACGGUGGCCACCAGGGGGAGCAUCCUUUACUUCCUGAUUGUGGAAAUGUCGCUGGUUAACGUCAUGUACCAGACGUCGCUGCGACAGUUUCUGGGCCUCUUCGACUCAUCCAUGCUGAACUCGGCCAAGUCACAGCUCACCUCCAAACGCAUCAGCAACAUCAUCAGCUUCCUCACCUACCAGGUGUUCUGUUACACAGCCAGAGGUCUGUAUGAGGAGCACAAGCUGCUCUUCACUCUGCUGUUAGCUCUGAAAAUUGAUCUGCAGGCACGAAAUAUCUCGCACUCAGAGGUGCUCACUUUCAUUAAAGGUGGUGCCUCUCUGGAUCUGAACUCUGUCCAAUCUAAACCUCUGCGCUGGAUCCUGGAUCAGACAUGGCUAAACCUGGUGCAGCUGGCCAGCCUGCCUCAGUUCUAUCAGAUCCUGACCCAGGUGAUCCAGAGCGAACGUGCCUGGAGGGCAUGGUUUGACCGUCCGGCUCCAGAGAAUGCCACGCUGCCCAAUGGGUACGAAGAGGGGCUCAACACCUUCCAGAAGCUUCUGCUCAUCCGGAGCUGGUGUCCAGACCGAACCAUCGCUCAGGCAAGGCGCUACAUCUCAGAGUCUCUGGGCCAAAAGUACGCUGAGGGGUUGGUCCUGGAUCUGGAGGCCAUGUUGGCAGAGAGCGACAACAGGACGCCAAUGGUUUGUCUUCUGUCGAUGGGUUCUGACCCGACUGAGAACAUCGAGAAACUUGCUAAGAGUAAGGGGGCAUCCUGUCGUCCCAUCUCUAUGGGGCAGGGACAGGAAGUCCACGCCCGCAGGCUGUUAGCCAACAGCAUGACAGACGGUGGCUGGCUCCUCCUCCAGAACUGCCACCUGGGACUAGGCUUCCUGGAUGAGCUGCUGGAGACGGUGACCAUGACAACACCAGCAAGCGUGCAUAAAGGUUUCCGGCUGUGGCUGACAACAGAUGUGCACACCAGAUUCCCCAUCACAUUCCUUCAGUCCUCCAUCAAGUUCACCAACGAGCCUCCACUCGGGAUCAAAGCAGGUCUGAAGAGAACUUUCAGUGCCGUCACUCAGGAUCAGUUAGAGAUGAGCAACCUGCCUCAGUGGAAACCGCUGCUGUACGCUGUGGCCUUCCUACACACCACUGUGCAGGAGCGGCGUAAGUUUGGACCACUUGGCUGGAACAUCCCCUAUGAAUUCAACCAGGCAGAUUUUACCUCCAGCCUGCAGUUUGUCCAAAACCAUCUGGACAGCCUGGACGCCAAGAGAGGCGUGAACUGGAACUGUCUGCGCUACAUGUUGGGCGAGGUCCAGUAUGGCGGCCGGGUCACAGAUGACUUGGACAAGUGUCUCCUCAACACAUUCACUCACGUCUGGUUCAGCGAGAAGACCUUCAGCAACGACUUCUGCUUCUAUAAGGGCUAUAGCAUUCCCGCCAUGGCCAAGACCAUCCAGGACAUCCUGCAGCACAUCGAGGCGCUGCCGCCAAUCGACUCACCUGAGGUGUUUGGGCUCCACCCUAACGCUGACAUUACCUAUCAAACAAACCUGGCCAAUGAGACUCUCAAUACUAUCAUCAACAUCCAGCCAAAGGAGAGCGGGGGUGGAGCAGGAGAGACCAGAGAGGCCAGUGUGCAGAGACUAGCCAAUGAAAUGUUAGAGAAACUGCCACGUGACUACGUGCCGCAUGAGGUGAAAGCUCAACUGCAGAAGAUGGGUCCCCUUCAGCCAAUGAACAUCUUCCUCAGACAAGAAGUGGAUCGCAUGCAACGAGUCAUCAGCAGUGUACGGAGCACGCUCAUUGACCUUCAACUGGCCAUCGACGGCACCAUCAUCAUGUCGGAGGACCUCCGCAAUGCUCUCGACUGCAUGUUCGAUGCUCGCGUCCCUCGCCUGUGGCUGCGGCUCAGCUGGCCGUCAGCCACGCUGGGCUUCUGGUUCAGUGAGCUGCUGGAGAGAAACCAGCAGCUCAGUGCCUGGAUCAGCACCGGCCGGCCAAACCAGUUCUGGCUCACCGGCUUUUUCAACCCACAGGGUUUUCUGACCGCCAUGCGUCAGGAGACAACACGCUCCAACCUAUCCAGAGGUUGGGCCUUGGAUACCGUCACCCUUAGCAAUGAUGUCACCAAGAUGAUGAAGGAGGAUGUGAUGGCUCCACCUCCAGAGGAUGUGGGCGGGGUUUACAUAUAUGGCCUCUUUUUAGACGGGGCGGGGUGGGACCGACGCGGCGCCAGACUCACCGAAGCCCCACCCAAAGUCCUCUUCACUGCCCUCCCAGUGGUGCACAUCUACGCUAUCAGCUCCGCCAACAUGGCUGACAGUAAGCGGCAGCCUGGAGGGGGUGGCACCAUCAGCCUGUACUCGUGUCCGGUCUACAAGAAACCGCGUCGCACGGAUCUGAACUUCAUCUUCUCGCUCCAGCUGAGGAGCGUGCAGCCAGCUGAGUACUGGACACUGCGAGGCGCCGCGCUGCUCUGUGACUGCAAGUAACCUACUGACCACGGUCACAUGACCUACAUCUGCUGUUCCAGUGCAGAGACAGUGAUUAUUGUAUGCUGGGAGAAAAGCAGCAAGCUUGGCGACCUUUGAUUAACUAAAGAUGUGAAAAUUCUUAUUUAUCCAAUUAAAAUCACAAAAUCUUCUGAAAUUUUUAGAUACUGUAGGUUUUAAGAGGUUUUAUAACACUGAAAGUCGAGAUAACAGUUGAAUUAUGUUUUAAAAAUGACUAAACAGAGAGGUCUUUCUUUCUUAGAGUUCAGGGAAAACAAUGUCAGGAAAUAAAA